AAGUAGGUAACUUAAUACUUAUCUUCAUAAAUCGCGCAGAUUGCCGAGGAGUAACAAGAAAAUAAAUAAGUUAAAGAUUUAAACAUUUCUGUGUGAAAUUUUGCGUAUAAUUAUACAAAAAAAAAUCAUGGUUCUCAAAACCGUGAUUCUUGUGGCAAAUUGUUUGGCUUUCGGGUUGGGGCUUCUUGCGCUUUUAUUACCGAACUGGUCAUCUGGGAAUUUCGAGGAGGUGAGAAACGUAACAGUGGUGAAAGAGAUAGACAGUGGACUGUUUAAUGAGAAAAACGAGUACUAUAUGAAAGAGGACUCCAUUUUAGAUUCAUCUGAAGAAAUUCCCGGUUCCUUCAUGAAACCGGAAGUUGUUAAAAUCAUAAGAGCAUUGAUGAUAACCGGGCUUUCACUGUUGUCAAUCGAUCUGAUACGUUCUGUUUAUCAAUGGUGUUGCCAUGAUGAUGAUGAUGAAACAGGCGGAAAGACCGACGCAGUGAUAUCUUUACUUCUGUCACUUGUGACAAUUUUAGCAGGUGGUUUUAUUCUGAGCGGCCCUCUGAUUUAUAAAAACCACGUGGUAGCAGAGUUCGAGUCUGAGAAAACAAGUUUCGGUGCAAGUUGGUACAUGGCUUUAAUUUCGGCCGGACUGACAUUAAUUCUUGGAAUUGGGAGAUUUGUUCACUCCUGUUGGACAUGCGGAGUGAUAUAUGAAAAGAAAAGACAAUCAGUGUCUCGUGGUAAAUCACGUGAAAAACGAAAACAAGUGUAUACCGUAUGAUAACAGUUACAGUUUCAACAUUAAUGUGAUUAUGCAACUGAAAAAAGAAACUAGAGAAAAAUCAUGCAAUUAGACCAGGCUGCGUAUUUUUAAAUUUGUAUCUUAACAUCCCCGAAAUUAAUAAUUGACGAUUCCAAAAAUGGAAGGGAACAAGUCUAUGUAACAUUUCAGCAGACGGGAUAUAUACAGCUUGUGUCUGUUUGCAUUGACUUCUCUGUUAUAAAAAUGAAAAGAUGAAGAUCUACAUAGCCUUAAAAGUUGCCAAGGAGAGAUAACUUAUUAAAAUAUUUUUGUAGACAAAGGUAUUAAUGCCCAAGAAUAUUAAGUAUAAAUGCCAUGCUAACAGAGAUAAUUAUUUAUUUUUAUAUGUAUAUUUCUGUUUUUAACUUUUUAUUGUUCUUAUAGCAAUGUGUUUACAUGUAUUAUAUGUUGUAUUAUAUGUUCUAAAUGUGUUUUAAUGCUCUACUAAAUAAAAUGAUGAAUCAA